AUGGAAUCGGCGGAUUCAGGGUCACAAAGGCCCGAACCGGUUAACGGAGACGACCCGGGUCCAUCUUUCGUCUCUUCACCACCGGCCACGCCUAGCAGGUACGAGUCACAGAAACGACGUGACUGGAACACGUUCUUGCAAUACCUCAAGAACCACAAGCCACCUCUCGCCUUGUCACGUUGUAGCGGUGCGCACGUGAUCGAAUUCCUCAAGUACCUAGACCAGUUCGGUAAGACCAAAGUCCACGUGGCGGCUUGUCCUUACUUCGGUCAUCAGCAACCUCCGUCUCCUUGUGCUUGUCCUCUCAAGCAAGCUUGGGGAUCUCUCGAUGCUUUGAUCGGACGGUUGAGAGCUGCUUACGAGGAGAACGGUGGACGGCCAGAUUCGAACCCGUUCGCCGCACGUGCGGUCAGGAUUUACUUGAGGGAAGUCAGAGAAAGUCAAGCCAAGGCUCGUGGGAUUCCUUACGAGAAGAAGAAACGGAAACGGCCACCAACUGUCACCACCGUUAGAGUUGACGUCGCUCCGUCGAGACAAAGCGACGGAGACGGUUGUAACGUCGGUGCUCCGUCUGUCACCGAGGCCGUACCGCCUUAG